CGAAUUACAACCUUACAGACAACAUGUUCUCUAAAAUUUUCGGCAUCAGCGCUGUUUUGGCGGUGGCCACUGCUGGCCUUCUCCCCGCCGCCCACUACUCCCCAGCGUCCGCAGUGUCUUCACAAAGCAUUGUCCGCCAUGAGCAGCCAAUUGCUGUCGCCUCACCUUACUACCAAUCUGCUCCCUUGGCAUACUCUGCCCCCAGACAGUACUCCUCCGCCGUAUCCUCCCAAAACAUUGUCCGUCAAGCUGCCUCACCUUACUACCAAUCUGCUCCCUUGGCAUACUCUUCCCCCAGCCAGUACUCCUCUGCCGUUUCCUCCCAAAACAUUGUCCGUCACGCUGCCCCUGUAGCUAUCACCCAUGCUGCUCCUCUUGUCCACGCCACUCCCGUUGUCCACGCUGCUCCCUUAGUCCACGCUGCUCCAGCUCGUGCCAUCAUCGCCCAACACGAGGAAUACGACGCACACCCCAGCUACGACUUCUCCUACUCCGUUGCCGACGGCCACACCGGUGACAACAAGUCCCAGCACGAGAGCCGCGACGGAGAUGUUGUACGUGGUGAAUACUCCCUGGUUGAAGCUGACGGCUCAAUCCGCCGCGUAGAGUACACCGCCGAUGCACACAACGGCUUCAACGCUGUCGUCAGCAACUCUGCACCCGCUCACGCCACCCCUGCCUACGCCCCGGCUACCGUUUUGGCUCACCAUUAAACAUCAACCAAAAAAUCUUAAAAUAUACACGAUACAUAUUAAGUUAUUUAUUGUAAAUAAAUACACUAGUUGAUCAAAGUAAAUUUUCUGUUUUUUCUUUCACUACUGU